UCUCAGGCUGAUGAAACAUGCAAGUGCAAUGGCUGGAAAAACCCAAACCCCCCCCCUACACCACCGAGAAUGGAUCUUCAGCAGACUGUUGUCAGCCUCACUGAGCCAUGCCGUAGCUGUUCACACACUCUUGCCUCACACGUUUCCCAUUUAGAAAAUGUGUCGGAGGAGGAAAUUAAUAGACUUCUGGGAAUUGCACUAGAUGUGGAAUAUCUGUUCACUUGUGUACACAAGGAAGAAGACGCUGAUACUAAACAAGUCUAUUUUUAUCUAUUUAAGCUUUUAAGAAAAUGCAUUCUACAAAUGGGGAAACCUGUGGUGGAAGGAUCAUUGGAAAGCCCUCCGUUUGAGAAGCCUAGCAUUGAACAGGGUGUAAAUAAUUUUGUACAAUACAAAUUUAGCCAUCUACCUGCCAAGGAAAGACAAACUAUCAUAGAGCUGGCUAAAAUGUUUCUGAACCGUAUCAACUACUGGCAUCUUGAAACUCCAUCACAGAGAAGGCAGAGAUCCCCAACAGAAGACGUUGCUGCAUAUAAAGUCAACUACACUAGGUGGCUCUGCUACUGCAACGUCCCCCAGUUCUGUGACAGCUUGCAUCGAUAUGAAACAACACAGGUGUUUGGCCGCACAUUACUGCGCUCUGUCUUCACUGUAAUGAGACGUCAGCUGCUGGAACAGGCUAGACAGGAGAAAGACAAACUGCCACAGGAGAAGAGAACACUAAUACUGACUCACUUCCCAAAAUUCCUGUCUAUGCUAGAAGAGGAGGUUUACAGUCUGAAUUCUCCUAUAUGGGAUGAAGAUUUUAUGUCUUCAUCUUCUCGAGCAAAUGAACUCGGGAUCCAAGCAGAUUCUGUUUUAAAUAGUGCAAUCAAAAGUUCAGAAAAAUCUAGGAAAAAUAUCUUGCAGUGUUCACUGCAAAUCACUAAAAAAAAAAUCACUGUUUAUUUUCCAGGUGACAAAAGGAAAAGUAGUGAACCUUAUUCUGCAGAAGAUUCCAAAAGACCCAGAGCAGUAGGAGACAUUCCUAUUGAACUGAUCAAUGAAGUAAUGUCUACUAUCACAGAUCCUGCUGCCAUGCUGGGCCCUGAGACCAGCUUUCUGUCUGCUAUUUCUGCGAGAGAUGAGGCAGCCAGGCUGGAAGAGCGCAGAGGUGUGAUUGAGUUUCAUGUUGUCGGGAAUUCUCUUAACCAAAAACCCAAUAAAAAGAUCAUGAUUUGGCUUGUUGGCUUACAAAACGUCUUCUCACAUCAGCUACCAAGGAUGCCAAAGGAAUAUAUCACCCGCCUUGUCUUUGAUCCGAAACAUAAAACACUUGCUCUUAUCAAGGAUGGACGUGUCAUUGGGGGUAUCUGCUUUCGAAUGUUUCCAAGCCAAGGAUUCACAGAGAUAGUCUUCUGUGCUGUGACUUCGAAUGAACAAGUAAAGGGUUAUGGCACUCAUUUAAUGAAUCAUUUGAAGGAAUAUCACAUCAAACAUAAUGUAUUGAAUUUCCUCACCUACGCUGAUGAAUAUGCAAUAGGCUAUUUCAAGAAACAGGGUUUUUCAAAAGACAUUAAAGUACCUAAAGCACGUUAUGUUGGAUACAUUAAGGAUUAUGAAGGAGCCACUUUAAUGGGAUGUGAGUUAAAUCCCAGGAUACCAUAUACUGAAUUUUCAGUCAUCAUAAAGAAACAGAAGGAGAUCAUCAAGAAAAUGAUUGAAAGGAAGCAAGCACAAAUAAGAAAAGUAUACCCAGGACUAUCAUGCUUCAAAGAAGGAGUACGGCAAAUACCCAUUGAAAGCAUCCCAGGAAUCAAAGAAACAGGUUGGAAGCCGAGUAUAAAAGAAAAAAGUAAAGAGCCAAAAGAUCCAGAUCAAUUACACAACACACUCAAGAAUAUUUUGCAGCAGGUAAAGAGUCACCAAAGUGCUUGGCCAUUCAUGGAACCCGUGAAAAGAACAGAAGCUCCCCGGGUACUAUGA